AUGUCUUUCAGGCAAGAAGAUGCUCAGGAGUUUCUAAGCUUUGUCAUGCAUCAAAUGCAUGAUGAAUUGCUUAAACUUGAUGCACAAGUUUCAAAUGGGAAUGGAGAAACUGCAUCGUUGGUCUCUUCAACUGAUGACGAAAGUGAGGAUGACGAUUGGGAGACUGUUGCCCAAGAAACAAAACUGCAGUUACACGAGCUCAGAGUUUCGUACCAUCAAAGUAACAAGGCAUCAGUUACCAUACAGCCAUUUCUUUUGCUCCACCUUAAUAUAUGCCCUGAACAAGUGUGUACAAUAGAAGAUGCACUUAAGUUGUUCUCUGCACCAGAAACACUUGAAGGGUACAGAACAUCUGCUUCUGGAAAGGGAGAGGUGGUGACUGCCAGCAAGUCGGUCAAGAUUCUGGAGCUGUCCCAGAUAAUGAUUUUGCACUUGAUGCGUUUUAGUUAUGGGAGCCAAGGAAGCACGAAAUUGCACAAAAGUGUGCAUUUCCCUUUGGAGUUUCUUGUUGGUCGUGAGUUGCUUGCCUCUCCUUCCUCUGAG